CUUCAAGCUCGAGAGCCGAAUUGGACUCCGUCCUCUCGAAAUCCACCAUCGCCAACGUCACCCAGAUACUUUCUUUCGAGUUUCCAAACUUGACUGUUUCGUCCACGUGUUUCCGGGCCAUAGAGCACGAUGGACCCGCGAGAUGUGUAUCGUGUUUAUGCUCCGUCACCGGCCCCCCAGCAUACCGUUCAGAGUGACGGGAGGCAGCGCAAAGAACUUCCGUUGAACAUUCUUUUGCACAUUCUCUCCUUUCUUGAUGAACCCGCUGAUAUUGCCCUCGUUACACGAACAUCGAGACUGCUUUAUUACAUGACCCUCCCUCGCCUCUAUGAACAUGCCACUCUCCGAUCAUACGCGCAAAUGCGGUUCAAGAACCGCCGGCCCGAAGGAUAUGGGGCCGGCAGCCCAUUUUCCAUGGGCCUUAAUGGCCUUGCUACAAGGAAUUAUGGUACAUACGUGAAGCACUUUUCUUUGCUAGGCGAUUCAAAAGAGCGGGAUAUCGAUGAAGUUCGAGCAGGGAGGAUCCCGGACGACGAGAUGAUGAUGAGUAUUGCAGUACGAGCCGCGAUCGAACGGAUGGACAAUCUUCAAUCUUUCACCUGGGAGAUGUCUACCAAACCCCUUCAAACUAUAUACUCAGGUCUCGCUGUGAGCCCACGCCUGACCUCUUUGACAAUUCGAUUCCCGAUUACUCGAAUCCCCAGACCUUCGGUGCAAGUUCCACCCCUACCUACCUUAAAGACCCUUUCACUCCUAGAUUUGGAUCCACUCUGCUAUCCGGACGACUUCUCCGUAUUGUUUGCCAGCACGAAGAGCCUUUCAUCUCUCACCAUGCAUUGGAAUCCCAGAAUGCGCGAAGAAGGAGAGAUUUCCGUGCAACUAAUUACGUAUUUUGGCAAGCUCAUCGCAUCCAACCAGAAACUUAACGUCAAGCACCUUGCGCUACACAACCUGUAUGCGCGUAAUAAUAACGAGUUCAACGAAGUAUUCAACAUGGAGGCGCUUCAGUCUUUCACAACCAUCAACUCCGUCAACCCCGCGGAUCCUGUCACGGUCUUUGUCGACAAUUCGUGGAACCACAUGCCAUUAAAGAAACCGAUCAAUCUCCGCUUCCUUCGAGGCAACGGCCGUGAUCGCGCAUAUGCCCAAAUGCUAUCUACAUUUGCCGGCCUGGAGGAAAUCUAUUACGUGAACGUCUCCCCUCCCAAGUCGCGAGCGUCGAGCGCGGCAAGCGGCGAGACCCCGGUUGCGAACGGGACUGGAAAUUCAUACCGGAACGGACAGCACCUUUCUAAUUCGCCCUCUUCGAGUGGAAGUGAGAAGUCUCGGACCCCAGACAACCCAUACCACAACCCCGCAGUUGACCUCGCGCUUGCGGGCGAUUAUUUCGCGGCCAUCACACUGAAGCAUGGCACGACCCUCCGCCGUCUCAAUCUAUAUAGCCAAUGGGCCUUCUCGCCGCCCGUGAUCAAAGGGCUUGUAGAUGCGUGCCCAAACCUCGAGGAACUCUCUCUCGCGUUGGAGAAUGACGACAUCCGCCUGCUCCGGCCGCUCUGCGGUGCGUAUGUUGCGCGUGCGAGGCAGGGAGGCGCGCGGACCAGUAAAAAGGGACUGACGGCGGUUCGAAUGCUUUUGCCGCCGAACGAUCCGUUGCUGAGCACGGUCAGCCGAAUCCCCGCAGAAGCGCACGUCAUGCCAUUAACGAUCGAGUUUGCCAAACCGUACUACGAAGGAUUGCAAUGGGUGGGGCUGGGGAACCACGCGUUUGAGCUGGGCAAGGUCGAAAAGGUGACAUUAAGAAAGAGUCAAUGGGAAGGCCUAAUGGAAGAGAUCAAACAGCGGCUCAUAUGGGCGAAUGGGGUCACGGAACGAGAAUUGGAAGCCGUCGAGAGGGCUGCGGAGGGGUCGCCGAAUAUGGACCCGAACGGGGCGACACCCGAGCGGGAAACCAUCGUCCCGUCGACAGAGUUAGAUCAUCAGACCAUGAUCGAUGCAUUGAAAGCGAAGGCGAAGCGGUUUUCCGAACCUAGCACCAUGGAUAUCGAUGUGGAUGGCGACACCGAUAUGGACGGGGCAUCGGGCUCGCCAGUGCGCAACAUGGAGGAAGACGGCCUUCUGACGCCGAGGCCACAGAGUCAAUCGACGAACGGAUCGGCAUUGAAUCGAGAUACGGAAGAUCCCCCGAACGGCCGGUCGAGGAGCGAACGCAUGUCAGGCUCCAAUGGAAGCCACAGCACCAUGGACGAUGAUCCGCUGAUUGAGCGGUUACGGAGGGAGGUUUGGCCUGCGAGUCCGGAGCGGGUGAAGCAUGUCCGAAUAUUUGCUAUGGAUUCACUGGAAGUAGGAGGACGUUGGAUGGGUGCGAAUAAAUGAGAUUUUCGUGGGGGGAAUUGCUUCUCAAAGGCUUGGAGUUGGCAUUAUUGUGUAUAGCGUCGUGGUCCAUACCGGUAUCCGCG